AUGCUCUAUCUGCCGCCAUUCUUUUUAUCUUUGUGUACCUUGACCCUUGCACGGUUUUCUCCCAAUGCCACUCAGAGAGUGUGCAGGCUAAGUGCGUCUGGUGGUGAUGACUCUCUGGCAAUUCUGGAGGUAUUCAGUCGAUGUUCCUACGACAGUACUAUAAUAUUCGAGAGUGGCACAUACCACAUUGAAAGAGUAAUGGACACGACUGGCUUGAAGAACGUAAGGAUUGAUAUGCAGGGAUAUCUUUUAUGGGGAACAGAUCUUGAUUAUUGGCGCAACAACGGAAUUCCGCUUGGGUACUUAAAUGUGACCACGGCGCGGAGGUUCGGAGGGUCAGAUAUACUAUGGGAAGGACAAGAUGUCGGCACAUUUGACGGGAAUGGACAGCUUUGGUAUGACCUUGCUAAGGGAGUUUCGAAUUUACCGGGACGGCCCAUUAGUCUCAUGAUCACAAAUACUUCGGAUUCUGUUUUCGAUAGCAUGCGAUUCGUCCAAUCACAGUUCUGGACCAUGGCUAUCACACAUUCAAAGGACCUCCUUCUCCAGAAUAUUUAUAUUACUGCUGCUUGCAUAAUUCCUUAG